AUGGACGCUAGUGAGACAUGGCCACGAAAAGUGUUCUCCGGCGUUCAGCCAACUGGAGCUCUGCACAUCGGAAACUACCUUGGGGCGGUGAAACGAUGGGUUGAAUUACAGGACGCUGGAGAGAACGUAACGUACUGCAUCGUAGAUUUACACUCGAUGACCAUUCCACCGGAUCCUGAAACCUUACGUCAUAAUACACUUCAAAUGACUGCUACUUUGCUAGCCUGUGGAAUAGAUCCGGCACGGGCAACUCUGUUUUUGCAAUCGGCCGUACCACAGCACGCGGAAUUGUCGUGGAUUCUUGGCUGUCUCACAACGAUGGCUCGAUUAACUCAUCUGCCGCAGUACAAGGAAAAAUCGGCUAAUAUGAAGGAAAUUCCGUUGGGCCUGUACCUGUAUCCGGUUCUGCAAGCAGCGGAUAUAAUGCUGUACAAGGCCACACACGUUCCGGUGGGCGAGGAUCAAAUACAGCAAUUGCAGCUCGCCCAAUCGCUUGCCCGAGCGUUUAACAACAAGUACGGUAAAACGUUUCCGUUUUGUGAGACGCUUGUUAACGAUGGUAGUCGGUUAAAAUCGCUACGUGACCCCUCCAAAAAGAUGUCGAAAUCUGAUCCCGAUCCGAAGAGCUGCAUUAUGCUCAUUGAUUCGCCCGAUGCGGUGUUGGAGAAGGUGAAGAAAUCGGUGACGGAUUUCAAGUCCGAGGUAACGUUCGACCCAGAAGAACGACCGGGAGUGUCAAAUCUGAUUACAAUUCAUUCGCUGGUCAGCGGGAAAAGUGUCCAGGAGAUAUGUCUCGAGGCGGAAGGCAAAAAUACCGGACAGUAUAAGCUAAUGGUUGCAGAGGCUCUGAUUGAACAUUUACGGCCUAUCCGGGAGCGCAUUGAGCGCUAUACGCGGGACGUUGGCUACCUAGCCGGAGUAAUCGAGGAAGGAAGCGAAAGGGCAAGAGCAACUGCCGAGCAGACGAUCGAAGAAGUAAAGGAAAAGAUAGGCGUUGAUUGCUUCAGUAUCGGUCGAUUACAAAGGAAUGUGCGACGAGAAAAUAAAUAAAU